GUUCGGAAAGUUGUUUGGACGAUAAGCGCAUUGGUUACAUGUAGGAAAACAGAUCGUUCGUUACGUUUACGAUAAAGGGGUUAUUCUGUAAGCAAAUUUAACAAUAAAAGAAAAGUUUAAAAAAUGACUGUUAUUAUUAUACCCGAAGACUCAAAAUUCCACGUGGAACUCAAUAAUGCCGGGACUAAGUUAGUUGUUGUUUAUUUUUUCGCAACAUGGUGUGGUCCUUGUCAUAGAAUGGCCCCUCUUUAUGAAGAACUUAGCAAGAAAUACCCAAAAGUUGUCUUCUUAAAAGUUGAUGUAGAUCAAUGUAAUGAUACAGCAACAUCUCAGGGAGUUAGCGCCAUGCCAACUUUCAAUUUCUUUCGAAAUAAAAUAAAAUUAGCACAGAUUCGAGGGGCAAAUGCUCAAGCUUUAGAAAACAAAAUUAAAGAAUUGAGUGGAUCUGAAGAUGAAAGUUCUGAAACUAUUAAUGGACAUAUAGACCUGAUAACAUUCAUUAACAAGUCAUGCUGUGAAUGCCUGAAUGAAUCAGAUGAUCACACUUUUAUGGGAUGUUUGUCUUCUGAAAGCAAUUAUUUAGAAUCAGAUUGUGAUGAACAGUUGAUUAUUUCAAUUGGUUUUACUCAAGCAAUUAAACUUUAUUCAAUUAAAUUACAAGCCCCAUUAGAUUCUGGUCCAAAGAUUAUGAAACUUUUUAUUAAUCAACCAUGUACAUUAGAUUUUGAUCAAGCUGAUAGUAUGGAACCAGUUCAAACAUUAGAGUAUGUUUUUCAAUGUUUAUCAGAGUAAUAGUAGUGAUUUAUGU